GCAGAUGGCGAUGGGCGUCUUUCAGGUGAUGCUUCUUGCGUGACGUAUAAUAGACUGGACGGACGCUUCUUCAGGAACAGGCGCCAACUCUUACAACCACCUCGGUAGCCUGCUAGACAAUAUAAAACUGAAAGAUUGAUUCUUUAGACCAUGUUAUUGUACAUGAGCUAAUCUCAGUGUUUAGACUCAUUUCGAUUGACGUAUCUACUGGUGAACUUUAACCUAAUGUGCUUGUUCAAUUUGCAAACUUGUUAAAGAUUGAUACUGAGGUUAGCACUUGGCUAGUCGCUAAUGCUAACUAGCUAGCUAACAUCACUGACCAUGAGCUCACUGAACUACUCCUCCCUUGCUAAAGAAGAGGAGGUCUGCUUUACGGAGAAAGAAUCUUUCAGAAUUAAAAAGGAGGAAGAGGAGGCUGUUAUGGUGAAAGAAGAGAAAGAACCUUUUAGAGAGGAAGAGGAUGCUAUCUUAAUAAACGUGAAGGAGGAAGACGUUUUGAGAGUGAAAAAGGAGGAGACAGAAGAUCCGAUUGACACCAGAGAGAGACAUGACUAUGGUGGAUCCUCUGCGGAGCCUCAACAACAUCCUGAUGCUGAUGAGGCAGAGAAGAGUCUCUCCAGAUCAGAACACCAGAUGGACAACGCUAGCCCUUCCAGCCUCCCGGAGUCCAUGUGUCGUGCCUCUCCUGGUAGCACCUUACUGCUGGGUAUGAAGAGGUUGUCUGUGCUGCUGGUGGACUGCAGGAAAACAACGGGGCUGAGUGGAACUGUGAGAGGAGAAGAGAAGAAAGGAUCAGAUUUGACUCAUCAAAGAGAAAAACCAGAGCCAUGGACUUCCAAACCAGCAAGAAGACACCAGUGUUCCCACUGUGGAAAGGGUUGGAACCAGUUAAGUGAGCUUAAACGACAUGAGAGAAUACACACAGGGGAGAAGCCUUACCACUGUUCCCAGUGUGGAAAGGGUGUUAACGAUUUGGGGAAGCUGAAACGGCACGAGAGAAUACACACAGGGGAGAAGCCUUACCACUGCUCCCAGUGUGGAAAGGGUUUUAAUGAUUUGGGGAAUCUGAAACGACAUGAGAGAAUACACAAAGGGCAGAAGCAUUACCACUGCUCCCAGUGUGGAAAGGGUUGUAAGGAUUUGGGGAAGCUGCAACGACAUGAGAGCAUACACACAGGGGAGAAGCCUUACCACUGCUCCCAGUGUGGAAAGGGUUUUAGUGAUUUGGGGAAUCUGAAACGACAUGAGAGAAUGCACACUGGGGAGAAGCCUUACCACUGCUCCCAGUGUGGAAAGUUUUUCGCCUGGGCAUGGAAUCUGAAACAGCACGAGAGAAUACACACAGGGGAGAAGCCUUACCAAUGCUCCCAGUGUGGAAAGUUUUUCGUCUCGGCAAGGUAUCUGAAACAGCACGAGAGAAUACACACAGGGGAGAAGCCUUACCACUGCUCCCAGUGUGGCAAGUGUUUCAACGGGGCAGGGGAUCUGAAAAAACACCAGAGAGUACAUACAGGAGAGAAGCCUUACCACUGCUCCCACUGUGUCAAGUGUUUUAACCAGUUGGGGGCCCUGAAACAGCACGAGAGAAUACACACAGGGGAGAUGCAUUACCGCUCCUCCCAGGAUCAUCCUGAUGCUGACGAGGCAGAGAAGAGUCUCUCCAGAUCAGAACACCAGAUGGACAACGCUAGCCCUUCCAGCCUCCCGGAGUCCAUGUGUCGUGCCUCUCCUGGUAGCACCUUACUGCUGGGUAUGAAGAGGUUGUCUGUGCUGCUGGUGGACUGCAGGAAAACAACGGCGCUUAGUGGAACUGUGAGAGGAGGAGAAGAGAAGAAAGGAUCAGAUUUGACUCAUCAAAGAGAAAGACCAGUCUCAGAGGAACCAGAGCCAGGGACGUCCAAACCAGCAAGAAGACACCAGUGCUCUUACUGUGGCAAGUGUUUUAAGCGGUUAGGGAACCUGAAACGGCACGGGCUAGUACACACAGGGGAGAAGCCAUACCACUGCUCCCAGUGUGGAAAGUGUUUCAGCCGGUCAGGGCAUCUGAAAAAACAUGAAAGAAUACACACAGGGGAGAAGCCUUUCUACUGCUCCCAGUGUGGCAAGCGUUUCAGCCAGUCAGGGCAUCUGAAAAACCAUGAGAGAAGACACACAGGAGAGAAGCCUUACCACUGCUCCCAGUGUGGCAAGUGUUUCACCCAGUCAGGGGAUCUGAAAAAACAUGAAAGAAUACACACAGGGGAGAAGCCUUUCUACUGCUCUCAGUGUGGCAAGCGUUUCAGCCAGUCAUGGGAUCUGAAAAACCAUGAGAGAAGACACACAGGGGAGAAGCCUUUCUACUGCUCCCAGUGUGGCAAGCGUUUCAGCCAGUCAGGGGAUCUGAAAAACCAUGAGAGAAGACACACGGGGGAGAAGCCUUACCACUGCUCCCAGUGUGACAAGUGUUUCACCCAGUCGGGGGAUCUGAAAAAACAUGAAAGAAUACACACAGGGGAGAAGCCUUACCACUGCUCCCAGUGUGACAAGUGUUUCACCCAGUCAGGGGAUCUGAAAAAACACGAAAGAAUACACACAGGGGAGAAGCCUUACCACUGCUCCCAGUGUGGUAAGCGUUUUAACCGGUCAGGGAGCCUGAAACAACAUGAGAGAAUACACGCAGGAGAGAAGCCUUAACACUGCUCCCAGUGUGGAAGGAGUUUUAACCAGAAAAACAGCCUGAACCAACAUGACAAAAUACACAGAGGUGAGAUGCAUUACCACUCCUCCCAGGGUGUAAAGCAUUUGCCCAUUUAGGAAGCUUGAAAGAGCAUGACACAGAGGAGAAAGCUUACAAAAGCUCAGACUUUGGGAAAACAUAUUACUCAUAACAAUCACUUAAACGUCAUUAGAGAAUCCACACAAUCACUUAAACGUCAUUAGAGAAUCCACACAGGAGAGAGAAAUUACUUCUCUUAGCGUGUAUAUUGAUAUUUCACAUCUCAUUUUUCUUACAAUUCAUCAGAGAACAUACACAGUGCUCCCGUUGUCUUAUAUUGUUGUCUUAUAAUGUGUUUACCUGUUUUUACCAUAUGAAAUUGCUUCUUCCAAUUAUUGAUAAACAUGUACCUGUUAAGAAACUGACUUUUAGAACUGUUAAGGCUCCAUGGAUUGAUGAGGAAUUUAAAAACUGUAUGUUUGAAAGAGUUGGGGCAAAAGGAGUGGCUAAUAAGUCUGGCUGCACAUCUGGCUGGUUUACAUACUGCAAACUGAGAAAUGAUGUGACCGAACUCAACAAAUAUAAUCAACUUUAUUAUGAAGCCAAGAUCAGUUAUAUAAAGAAUGAUGUAAAAAAACAUAAUGAAAGAAAAGCCGUGCAAGUUUUGAAUUUUGUAAAGUUAGUGUGGGAGAGGUGGAGAAAUUGUUAUCGAUCAAUAAUGACAAACCUCCUGGCAUUGACAACUUAGAUGGAAAGCUACUGAGGACAGUAGCUCACUAUAGCCACUCCUAUCUCCUAUCAUAUUCCUCCUAUCACGAGAGGAAGUUCUUUGUUCUCUUGCCUGGAGGGAAGCCAAAUUAAUCCACUACCCAAGAGUGGUAAAGUGGUCUUUACUGGUUCUAACAGCAGACCUAUAAGCUUGCUGCCAGCUCUUAGC